AUGCUUCGAGUCAAGCUACCAAUGGUUGUGAUUAACCGACCAAAAGCCAAUUACAAACAGUACUCUUAUGAAUCACUGGAAAAUGCAUAUGAAUCGGUGUGCAGUGAAGGAAUGCCAAUUAAAAAAGCAGCUGCAGUCUUUUCAGUGCGAUAUUCAACACUUCAUGAUCGUGUGAGUGGCAAGAUUCAGCUUCAAUGCACCAGGUCUGGACCAGAAGCAUUGUUGUCACAGGAAGAGGAGCAGACUUUAGUCCAGCAUAUUGAAUUCAUGUCAUCUGUCGGCUACGGCUAUACUCGUAUGGAGGUCACAGGUAUUGCUACUGAUUUUGCAGUUUACAUCGGAAAGAAAGAGAAGGAAGGCAAAAACUUAUCUUUACAGUGGUUUUACAGUUUUAUGAAGAGAUGGCCUGAACUGAAAGUACAAAAACCGAGAUCUCUGGAAAUAAUGCGUGCAAAAGCGACAUCAGAGGAAACCGUAAAUACCUAUUUCAAUGAAUUGGAAACCAUUCUGAAUAAAUACAAUCUGAAGAACAGUCCACAGUCAAUAUACAACAUCGAUGAAAAAGGCAUUGUUGAAAAUCACAAACCUCCAUCUGUUGUUUCUUCACGUUUUGAAGUACCAGUUGCAGUAACAUUAGGCAAAUCAAACACGACAACUGUUAUUGGGUGCGGCAAUGCUCUUGGGGUGGCCAUACCUCCAUAUUUUGUAUUUAAGGGACAAAGAAUGCGCCAGGAGCUCCUUUCAGGCUGUACAGCAGACACCGCAGGGACAGUCAGUGAAACAGGCUGGUCCAAUUCUGAAAUCUUUCAGAUGUACCUGAGUGACCAUUUUACAAAAUAUGCUCCAUCGGCAUCAUCUGAUCAACCUAUCUUGAUUUUGUAUGAUGGCCACAAGUCACACAUAAAUAUCUCCUUGAUUCAGUGGGCACGGGAGAGGAACAUCAUAAUAUUUGUUUUGCCUGCUCACACUUCCCAUGUUCUUCAGCCCAUGGAUGUUGGAUGUUUUGGCCCAUUUGAAACAAUUUAUAAUGGAAUGAAGCAUACCUAUUUGCGGGAACAUGCAACUUCAGGAAUUGACAGGUAUUCCCUGUGUGAGAUUGCUUGUAAAGCAUACUGUUCUGCCUUAACACCUGUCAAUCUGCAAGCAUCUUUCAGGAAGACCGGCAUAUACCCUUUUAAUAGAAGUGUCCUGAAGCAAUCAAAUUUUCUCCCAGCAACAGUGUUCUCUUCAACUAAAAUAGCAAGACAACAAGAAUCUGGAACAGUCACCACUGAUGUUAGCCCCAGCCAAUGCAACAAAUUCUUCAGAAGUGCUGAAGAGACUAUUACAAGAAAUGCAAGGCCAACAAAGAAAAGAAAAGUGCUCAGUGCCGUUGUUGGUGGGAAGGCCAUCACUGAAGAUGACAUUUUAGAAAACAUUCAAAAACACCAAGAACAACAGCAAAAGAAAAAGCCCUUGCCUAAAAGAAAACCAAGACCUACUAACAACACCACAGAUUCACAAAUGCCAAGCACAUCGGGAGUUAGCAGUAGACCAAAAGCAAACCGACAUGUUGCUAAUGACUCUGACACAUCCGAUGAAGAACCUGAGGAUUCCAAUGACCUGUGCUGCAAAUGCAAACGUAUGCAGCCAGAGGAAUUCAGACACUGUGUCUCACUCUGCUUUGUGUCCUGGGCUCAGUGCACCCACCAAUCAUGCAAUCAUUGGGUUCACCUUAAAUUCUGUACCUCUGUUAGAGUAGUAACGCGACACUCCGAAUUUUGGUGCCCUUGUCACAUAGAACAAGAGGAGUAA